GUUCGUUCUGGAUCAUCUUUAACUAUCCCAUCUGCUAUAACCGAGCCGCUACUGGUGUUUUGGGUGCUGGUUUGGAGGAGCGAAUACUUGCGCCGGCCAUACCGGGUCCUCAGUACUGUCCCGCCUUGUAAUUUUUUUGUCGUUGGCAAUCUCGCCGUCGCUGUAUUCUUGUCUUCUCAAUCUCUGUCCUUUCUCUAUAUUAUUCCUGCCAACUCAUUCCUACCGGCAGGAUUGCAAGUUCAAGAACCUCGAGACAUUCAUCUUUCCCAUUGCUACAUACACGUCAGCGUCGCCAUGAAUAUCAAGGAGGCUCAACAGGCGGAAGCCUACGCAGACGAUGAUCUUACACCGGGCUCCAAGCAGAGCAUGCGAGGGACUGAUGCGGAUGCUCGCGACAUGCAAGUGAUGGGCAAAGUCCAAGAACUCAACCGAAAUUUCAGAUUCAUCUCCAUUCUGGGGUUCUCAUGUACUGCCAUGUCCACGUGGGAAAUCACACUUUCCUCAAGUACCUUUGGACUUAUCAAUGGCGGUCUAUCUGGUCUCGUAUGGGGUUACUUUAUUGUGUGGUGCGGUUACUUCACGGUCUUUGCAUCCAUUGCAGAGUUGGCCUCGAUGAUGCCAACUGCUGGUGGACAAUACCACUGGGUUUCGGAGCUCUCUCCUAAAAGCUGCCAGAAGUUCCUUAGUUACAUUGUUGGCUGGCUCAGCGCACUCGGCUGGCAAACUGGAUACGCCUCGAUCGCCUUCAUUGCCGGCACACUUAUCCAGGGUCUAAUUGUACUGAACGACCAAUCCUACGUCUUCCAACGAUGGCACGGUACUCUUCUUGUGAUCGCCAUCACCGCGUUCUCCAUUCUCUUCAACACGUUCCUUGCAAAGCGCCUGCCCCUUGUUGAGGGCUUGGUUUUGAUCCUUCACAUUCUGGGCUUUUUCGGUGUGCUCAUCCCACUUUGGGUCCUUGCCCCCCGAAACUCGGCGGACGCUGUUUUCGAGAACUUUGUGAAUUCGGGCGGGUGGAGCUCGACUGGUCUGUCGGUCAUGGUCGGGAUGCUGACGACUGUCUACGGCAUGCUCGGAGCUGAUAGCGCCGUUCACAUGUCCGAAGAAAUUCGAGACGCCAGUAUUGUUCUUCCUCGGGCAACAAUGUGGGCACUGUUUAUCAACGGUGGAUGUGGUUUUAUCAUGAUGAUCACUUACGCAUUCACAUUGGGUGAUCCUCUUGCAGCUCUUGGCUCGCCAACUGGUUACCCUGUGAUUGCCGGCUUCUUCUACGCGACCAGAAGCCAUGCCGGCACGAGCGUCAUGAUUGCCAUCAUCAUCGUCAACACCACGAGCAGUUGUAUCUCUACACUGGCAACUGUUUCGAGACAAACUUGGUCUUUCGCUCGCGAUGGUGGUCUACCAUUCAGCAGCUUCAUCGGCCACAUCAAACCAGGCUGGAACAUCCCCCUCAAUGCGGUGCUACUUACUUUCCUCUGCACCACUCUCCUUUCUCUCAUCAACAUUGGCUCGACCGUGGCUUUCAACGCGAUUUGCUCCAUGGCGACCAACGCCUUGCUGUCGACGUACAUCAUCUCCCUGAGCUGCUUGGUCCUCCGCCGCAUCCGAGGCCCUCCCCUCCAGCCACGUCGCUGGUCCCUGGGUAUGUUCGGUUUGCCGAUCAACGUCGCCGCCCUGAUGUUUUCGACCUGGAUCUGGGUUUUCUGUUUCUUUCCCCAGACGACCCCGGUCAAGGCCUCGACCAUGAACUGGAACAUCGUCAUCAACGCCGGUAUCAUGAUCAUCGCCGUCGUCUACUACUUUGUCAAGGGCAAGAACCGAUACGUGGCCCCGGUUGUUUUGGUCAAGCGAGAUGUCUAAACGGAAAAUUUCGUGUCUUCCGCCCCACUCUCGAAGUUCUGGUUUGGAUGUAUAACUCUAUAUGUUAUUGUGUCUCUUGACCGAGCCCCAGCUCAAUGUGAAGAGGAAGCCUUUUUUUUCCAGUGUCAGAGAAAAGGCUUUGCCCGAUCAAGAGUCCUUGUGUGACUUGAAGCGCCCCACAAAAGAGAAAAAAAGAAGCAAGAUUGUCAGCAUAUAUCAAAAAUGUUCCUAGUACUGUAUAUAGAAAGGAUUUAUUACGGGGAUUUCCUUACCUAGGGAAUCGAUUUGAAAAACCAUACCGAAAAAAUUUGGGGUUGUCUCGCUGAUCUCUUUAUUUCCUCUAUAUCUAUCGCCGUACGGAGUGGUAGACAGGGACGAAUUGCUCAAAAUGCCUUCCUAUAUAUAUAUAUAUAUGCGGGGAUUUACAAAG